AUGUUUGCUGCCUACGUCAUCAUAUUCCUGGCCUCGCUAUUAGGCAACUCCGUUAUCAUUCAUAUCAUUCGAGCAGAUAACUCCUUGAAGACCACAACAAAUCGUUUGAUAAUGACCCAAGCAUAUGCAGAUCUUUUAAUGACAUUCAUAGAGCUUCCGUUUUCUAUUUAUCACAGAAUAACGAAUAGUUUAUGGUUUGGAGGAGUUUUUGGUUUCAUUACUUGCAAGAUGACUCUGGCUGCUGUGUUUUCCGUACCACAAUUUUCAGUAUUGAUGCUUGUCAUGAUUGCAGUUGACCGUUUCUAUGCAGUACUUCUACCUUUGCGACAGUCACCUAUAUCAAAACAUUUGAAAAAAAUUAUUGCGAUUCUCUUGUUAUGGUCUUCUGCUUGGUCUCUUUCCUUUAUCAAUGCCAAGAACUUUAUAAAAGCCAAUAAAUCACAUUAUUGUGAUUUAUCACUUCUGUUUAAUAACUGGAAUGAAUUCAACAUUACUUCUCUUGUUUCAUGCAUUGUAGUACCUCUUUUGAUAAUAGUAAAUCUUUAUGCGGCUGUGUGCUGGAAACUGUGGUCUCGUAAAGUUCCAGGAGAAGGAGAACAUCAGAUCAAAGCUCAAAGAAUAGCAAAAAGAGUCACCCUAAUGAUGAUUGUGGUAGUAGUAUUAUACAUACUGUUCUGGUUUCCUUCGUUUGUAAUCGGCGUCUUGCAUUUUUUUAAAUAUGCGAAGUUGCGGGGAAAGUUACUUUUAUUAUUUAUGUGGCUACCAACUUCCUAUAGCGGCCUCAAUCCUUACGUUUAUCUCAUAUUCAGUCAAAACUUUCGCAAAAGCCUCAAAAAACUGUUCGGAAAUUUCUUGCGACCUUUAUAUCGUAUUUCUCAUCGCUCUCGUUCAGUAGAACUGCAGCAAAUCUAAAUUUCGUGCUCCAUUACAACUAUACGAGACCGGCGCUGCGAAACUUUUAGCAUCUAAUAUGUUAGUUAAAAAGAGAGUGAAAUAAAAUGAUAUGAUAACAAAGGUUUCGAUCUUUGCAUCCCCAGAUUUAUCACUUCAUAACAACUCGUGAAUACCAUCAGGUUUAAACCUUAUGCUUGCAUAGCCCUGCAUUCACAGGUUCUUUUUCAAAUGAGUUUCCAGCGAAAUGGCUUAUUUUACCCAUUGUAAUCAAACCAAGAUAAAAUUCCAAUUACACAUAUAAUAACUAUUAAAAAGUAUCCCAGUAGUAAAUAAAACAGAGUGGAUUAGACUGACUUACGGGGGAGCGAGUCGUGGUAAAUGGAGGUGGUUUUAAGUGGAUAGGGUUAAAUUAUGAUGGGUUGCAAUGAGGUAUUGGAGUCGGGUAAAUUAGCGUCGAUCGAGAUGUUGAUGCUUCAUUGGCCGUUUCUGUUUUUUUGUUUGUUUGUUUGUUUGUUUUUUUGGUUAACCUUGGGUUUUAACUCUUGUUUGAAAAUCUCGGCUCGUUUUGAACAUCAGAGUAUAGAACUUCAUCGAACUAAACAAGAAAUUUGUCGUGAUCUCGAGGAUAUUUAUCGCGAAGGUGAGUGAUAAGCUGUUCAAGCAAUUUUCACUCGGUCACUUCUCUUCAGACGAGAUUUCCUGAGGUUAAGAAGAAACAUUUGGAUAUCUUUUGCUCCAAAACUAAGGGUAACUUCGGCAACAUUAACAUCGUGUAGCGAAUAUAUCUGCAGUCGUGUUUGGAUAACUUUCAAGUAGCUAAGACAUCGUGUAGAAAACCUCUUGCAAAUUUACAAAGUUUAAAACUGAAAUGAAUAUCUCUUUCUGGGAGGUUACUAUACUACAGCUGUCACUGCUAGAUAGCGAAAUUCAAGUGAAAUAAACUUUAAGUUAGGGAGAGUAAGUCAACAGAACAGAAGAACGAAACCUUUCUUCUUGGGUUCAAUAUUAAAAAAACUGAUUAUCAUUCAGGAAAGGAGAUGAACGAAUGUACGGAGGAUUCGUCAACAAGGAAUCUACGAAUGACCCGAUAAGGUGCCUGGAGAAAUAAUGAAAAUGCUGUUAUUGACGCCCAAAACGAGAGCAAGUAUAAGGUCAAGACACAUUCUCAUUCCAUUAAUUAAGAUGGGGCUCAUUGUUCAAAGCAUAAACAUAGAAAAUUUUAAAUUUUAAUGGAAAUUCACAAACAUCUACAACUCAUUUGAUGAUCUCAUUAUUUUUAUGAUGAUGUUUUGAUUUAAAAAAAUGUUUCCGCGGCUCUUUUGAUGUAUUCAGGCGCAUGAGAGAAAUGAAAUACAAAUAAAUAUCAAACAUACAUAAAAAAUACCACUUUAAAAAUUAUUUUUCCGAACACCUGAACAAAGCAGCGACUAAGCAAGUGGCUCAAACGGAUUCUGAAGUCCCUACAAUCCAGAUAUCGGAAAAAAAAUAAGAACAAGAAAACAACAUGGAAAAUAACUACAAAAAGAGUUUCUAAAAUCAACUCAGAGAAAAGGACCAUGUUGACUAAUCGAUCAAACUUCAACUUCAACUCUAUCCUAACGAGCACCAAAGAAACGGUAGAGACGGAUUUUCAUGUAAUUAUUCUAACAUACUUUGUAUACGGGACAAUAUUUCUAGUGUCGUUAGUUGGAAAUUCUUUCCUUAUACACAUUAUACGAACAGUCCUUUCCAUGAAGACUGCAAUCAAUUACUUGAUUUUAAACCAAGCUUGCGCUGAUCUUCUCAUUCCAUUCAUGCAUUUGAUGGAUAAUCUUCGUAACAGUUCUUAUCAUGGAUUGUGGUUUGGAGGAAACAUGGGUCACAUUACUUGCAAGUUAUAUCUUGCAAGCUUUUAUGUCCUCACAUCUUUUUCUAUUUUUCUACUCGUUGCAAUUGCUGUCGAUCGCUUCUACGCUGUAUUUCGACCUUUGGAUAGGACGCCCAUUUCUCGAAACAUAAAGAGAGUAUUUCUGAUAUUGUGGACAUGUUCGCUAAUUAGUCCUACAACCGUUUUUAUUAACCGGCACCUAGAGACUAGGAAUAACUCUUACUUCUGCCAUUCGAAAAAGUUUCUAAGAUUUUAUGAAGGGAAAGAAUUUAAAGUCAUAUCAUUAACCCUUGGCGUUGUCAUCCCUCUAACGCUUUUGGCUAUUAUAUACGCGAGAAUAUGCAUAAAGCUAUGGUCACGACAGGCACCCGGAGAAGGAGCCAGUCAAAAUCAACGCCAGCUCCAAAUUAUAGCAACAGCAAGAAAGGUUACCCUGAUGAUGAUCGCAAUCGUUGUUUUAUUCAUUAUUUGCUGGGUUCCUUAUUAUAUAUCGAUGGCACUGAUAUAUCUUGGCCUUGUGAAAGACAAGGCAGUUUUAUUUUCAGUUUUGUUAACGGUCUCUUACAGUGGCAUUAAUCCUUACGUUUAUUUCGCCUUGAGUGCAAAUUUUAGAAAUGGAUUGAAACAUUUGUGUGGAAAUAUUCGUGUUUUUCCCUUUAGAUCCGAGAGUAUGGAGCUUCAAAAAAUUUAACAUUAAUAUAUAUAUAUAAAUUAAUUCAAACACUUAGAUUUAGUAAUGGGAAAUAAAGGAUUGGAUAGCAGUGUAUUCCUUUUUCGAAUAACGAUUUUUCGACGAUAAAAUCCUGGCGGAGAACCUUGUAAGAAAAAAAGGAGGUGUAUAAUUGCUAGCUAAUUGCCGGCUAAGGCUCUAUCUUCUUAGUAUAAACAGCGGAGUCAAAGCUGCUUGGCUCUUUGGUUGGGAUGGACAACACUGAUAAAUUUUAUUUAAAAAGGCUGGCGCACGAGGACCGGAAAGGUUUACAAUUCACCUCAUUUAAAUGUCAACGAUAGAUGGUCAAAUUCAAUUGAAAUAUACUUCCAUCCGUAGAUGACAAACAAACACGACAAAAGAUUAGAUGCCACCCUGUCAUGGUCAAUAUCCUAUUGUGCCUAAUUUUAUUUUCAUUUGAGAUAAAAAUUGAACGCAAGCAAGUUCAUCCAAGAUACGCAUCCACUGGAAUUUUUAAAAAUAAGUGGUAUAUUCAGUGUAUAGUGUAUAGUCCGCUGACUUCGACUCAAUAGAAAAGAAUAAAAGUGUCCUCAUACAGAGGACUUUACAUGGAAAAUAAAAGGAAAAAGAUUCAUUUUAAGAUUAUUUUCAUUUAACACUGAAAUGUCAACACCUACUGUGACUCAUCUGAUGACUUUCUGAUAAUAUUACCAGAGUCUUAAUAUUACCAAGAUGAUAUAUAAAUAAACACAACUUCGCCGCGGCUUCGUUUCAGAGAAGAAUUAAAGUAAUCAACCUUAAUUUUCAAAUGCAAAUUUUGCUUUAAAAAUCACACCUGCUACAUUCCCCUCUGUCAUUUUUUUCUUGCUCAGAAGCAGAGAGGUUUGUUUUCAACAAUGUUUACAUUGUAGUAACUUAAAGUUUCUCACUGGAUUCCCAAAUUCUCAAAAUUCCAUUUUUGAAAGAAAAGCGGCAGGCUUGAAGAAGCGGACACGAUGUCUAAUAACAAAAGCAACGACUUCAAAGUCGACUCUACCUUAAAAAACAAGAGCGGAACACUAAGCAUCAAGUUUGACAUGUAUGUAGUUCCUUUGAUGUACGUUGGAUAUGGCAUUAUAUUUCUGGUAUCACUGUUUGGAAACUCUCUCAUUAUACACAUAAUACGAACUAAUAGCACGAUGAAGACAGCAAUAAACUACUUGGUCUUAAACCAAGCUUGCGCUGAUCUUUUCUUCACAAUCAUGUGCUUCCUUAAUGUUAUUCGUGAGACUUCAUAUCAAGGAUUGUGGUUUGGAGGAAAUAUAGGAAACAUCACUUGCAAGCUAUUUCUAGGAAUCCUUUACGUCCUCACAGGUUUUUCCAUUUGGCUGCUCGUAACAAUUGCUGUUGAUCGCCUUUACGCAAUAACUCGCCCGUUACAAAGAUCACCUAUAUCUCGAAACCUUAAAAAAGUAAUACUUAUACUAUGGACAGGGGCAUUUGUUAAUUCAAUAAACAUUUUUGAUAACACGGUCGUACAAAAGAUUGAAGAAUCUUAUUUCUGCAAGGCAUUAACGACUGUUCUCCGAAAAAGGUGGACAAUAUUUGAUAUUCUCAUAUUCGCAAUGAACGGUCUACUACCUUUGACCCUCUUAGCGUGUCUGUACACAAGAAUAUGCAUUAAACUCUGGACACGCCAGGUACCAGGAGAUGGAGCAAAUCAGAAUCAACAAAGAGCAACAACUUUAGCUACAGCGUUUAAAGUUACCAGAAUGAUGAUCGCUGUCUUCUCGUUAUUUCUUGUUUGCUGGCUUCCAUGGAUUAUAACAAUGACCUUUUAUCUUUUUAGUCCUUUAGAUUAUGACCACUGGUUUAUAUUUCCUAUGUGGUUAACCUUUGUUUACAGCGGACUUAAUCCUUAUGUUUAUUUUUCCUUCAGUUCAAAUUUUAGACAAGGACUUAAACUCUUGCUUGCAAACAUUUGUGCCAUUCCUUUUCGAUCCAGGAGCAUAGAACUUCAACAAAAUUAACGCAAAUAAUUACACACAUCAAAGAAAUUCCAAGUUUUCUUUUUUUUUUCUUGGAGCAAACGAGAAUACUAACUAUGUCACAGUGACUUUCAUAAUAUGCUAUCCUCAGGGAUGGAUAAGAUUCUCGACAACAAGUUUAAUUGUCAACGUUGGAAAACAAUAAAAGAUCAAAACACAUUUCCUCACAUGCAAUGCGGCCAUCUGUUAACCAAAUCAGUAGGUUUUGACCUUUAAAGCGUCCAUUUAACUACCCCGUGUUCAGUACUAUUAGAUUGUUAAUAAUCUAUAAGUACUUCCAAUGACCUAACUAACAUUUUCAGCCAUUGAAAAGAGACUCGGAUGGAUUUAAACAGUUUUUGUUCCCAAGAAAUGGCGUUGAAACCUUUCAGAAACUCGUUACAAAUAGGGAGAUGGAGAUAUUAAAGGUUUCUGCAAUUAAAAAAACAGCAACAACAAAAGAAAAAAGCCAAAGCGUUCCAAGGCAUGAUUAAAAUGUAGAGUAAAAAUUGCCUGUGUUGAAGUUCCUUUAGUUUCUAGGCAUUUCUCUGGGAAAUUAUUUUCAGGACGUGAGUCUUUUUCAAGUAAUAUGUAAACACCUUUAAGAGUUAUAAAGGAAUAAAAAGGAAAAAGACAAUCGAGUUUUAAAGGCGGCAUUUGCUACCAUUAAUUUGGUCACGUUUAGUCUAGAUAAAUGUCAAACAAAGGAAUGAACAUCCGCACAUCCUUAUUAAUUUGUUUCUUUUAUUUCUUUCAAUUUCAAUCGACAUCUGUUCAUUGUCUGAGUUCCCACUUUGCCAUGAACAUAUCUCCUUAGUUCACACGUGUAACUUUCCAACUUUACGCGACGACAAGACCUUAAAGGUUUCCUUUAAAAACAUUUAACGUAUAAAAUAUGAAAUUACGGGUGAAAGUAAUCCCUAUUUGCCCUCGACAAGAUGCGAUUGCACAUAAUUAGGACUUUUGCAAGACAUAGGGUAGGUGUUCCUUUGAUUCUAGCUUUUGGAAGUGAGAGAAUAAGGUGGUUUGGUGUAACCAAAAACAAAAUAAUAAUCAUAGGAAAAUAAACUGUUAAGAGGUUACAAGGCUUUUUCUUAGUAGAAAGACAAAGCAAUAAAAAAAACUUCAUUGGUAAAACAAAACAUUUAAUACAUAUAUUAAAAGAUGAAAUAAGUAGCGCAGUAAUAUAAACGACUUUAGGAGCUUUAAUGAGGCCUGAAAAAAUUUUACAAUUUCUCGGAGAAUUUUGUCAGCCUCUUUUGAAAAAUGCUUAGUUUGCAUAUGCCUUUGAGUUCAUCAACUUCAAUCAACUUCAGUACUGCACUCUAUGCAUUGAUGUUUUAUUUCAAAUCUAAAUAAUCUAAAGAAGAUCACGUCCAAAACAAUAUGCAAAUGUGCAUCUUCAUUUUGGUAGUAAUUUUAUAUUAUUUCUUGUGAGCUAAUAUUUGUCACAACACAAUUAAUAUCACUGAUAAGAAAAGGCACUGUUUUCGAAGUGAAAAAAGAAAACUUGCUCCAAGCAUACUGUAGAUCUAAUCUUCAGAACCUCAAACGCCAAAGAUGGACUCACCCAAUUUGUCGAACACCGGUGGUAUUAACAACGAACCAAUAAUCAACACGAGUCCGAAAGUUCCCUAGAUAGAAGGUAAAACAUUUGCGUUACUAACACACAAAUUAAAAAUACGUUUAACAUGCGGCAAAUUACAGAGAUACCUUCGUUUUAGUAAAUUAUGCGAGGCUCCAAUAUUUCUAGUAGACGAUUAUGAUGAUAUUUCCCUUUUCGCACCUCCAUUAUUCGAAUUUAUUUCGAUGGAACUUAACGGUAGCAUUACGAAAAGCGGAGUACGCGGAGUAUGAAAAUCUGAGGGGAAGAAUCAACGCUGGACGAUCACACCUCAAAGUAAUACAGGAACAACUCGAACGAACAGUUUGACAUUCUUCAUGCACUGACGCUUAAGAUAGAUAAUGGAAAAACCAACAUGUGAUAAACAAUCUCUUUGAAUAUCAGAAGCAAGCCGGUAAAAUACCAUUAUACUAAUGCUGUUGAACCUCUUUUUACACAUUGGAUCAAAAUGACAAAUUUGAUUUUUUCCUUGUAGGAAAUAUUGCAAGGGGAAAUAGAGAAGGACAAGGUUACUUAGAGAUAGCGAUGUUUGCUGCCUACGUCAUCAUAUUCCUGGCCUCGCUAUUAGGCAAUUCCGUUAUCAUUCACAUCACUCGAACAGAUAACUCCUUGAAGACCAGAACAAAGUGUUUGAUAAUGGCCCAAGCAUAUGCAGAUCUUUUGAUAACAUUCAUAGCGCUUCCGUUUUUUCUUUAUCACAGAAUAAUGAAAAUUUUAUGGUUUGGAGGAGUUUUUGGUUUCAUUACUUGCAAGAUGACUCUGACUGCUGUGUUUUCCGUACCACAAUUUUCAGUAUUGAUGCUUGUCAUGAUUGCAGUUGACCGUUUUUAUGCAGUACUUCUACCUUUGCGACAGUCACCUAUAUCAAAACAUUUGAAAAAAAUGAUUGCGAUUCUCUUGUCGUGGUCUUCUGCUUGGUCCCUUUCCUUUAUCAAUGCCAAGAACUUUAUAAAAGCCAAUAAAUCACAUUCAACAUUACUUCUCUUAUUUCAUGCGUUGCCGGUAUACCUCUUUUGAUGAUAGUAAAUCUUUACACGGCUGUAUUCUGGAAACUGUGGUCUAGUAAAGUUCCAGGAGAAGGAGCACAUCAGAUCAAAGGUCAAAUAAUAGCAAAGAUAGUCGCCCUGAUGAUGAUUGUGGUAGUUGUAUUAUACGUCCUGGUCUGUUUUCCUUCGUUUCUAAUCGGCGUCUUGCACUUUUUUAAUUAUGCGAAAUUGCGAGGAAAGUUACUUUUAUAAUUUAUGUGGCUACCAACUUCCUUUCGCGGCCUCAAUCCUUACGUUUGUCUCAUAUUCAGUUAAAAAAUUUCGCAAGAGCUUCAAAAAACUGUUCGGCAACUUCUUGCGAACGAUAAAUCGUAUUUCUCAUCGCUCUCGUUCAGUAGAACUGCAGCAAAUCUAAAUUUAGUGCUCCAUUACAACUUUACGAGACUGGCGCUGCAAAACUUUUACCAUCUAAUAUAUUAGUUAAAUAAAGACUGUAAUAAAAUAAUGUGAUAACAAAGCUUUCCUUCCUUGCUCCUUUAAAUUUAUCACUUCACAACAAUUUUUUAAUUAAAACAGGUUUAAACUUCGUGGUUGCAUAGCCUUCCAUAUACAGGUUCUUUUUCAAAUGAGUUUCCGGCGAAAUGGCUUCUUCGGCAACAUUAAAAUCGUGUAGCGAAUAUUUCUGCAGUCGUGUUUGGAUAACUUUCAAGUACCAAAGACACCGUGUAGAAAACCUCCUGCAAAUAUACAAAGGUUCUGUCACAGCUAGAUAAAGAAAGUUAAUUAAAAAAGUCUUCAAUUAAGGAAAAUAAAUCAACAGAACAGAAGAACGAAACCUCUCUUAAUAGAUUCAAUAUUGAUGGACGAAAAUAGGAGAGAUUCAUCAUCAAGGAAUCUACGAAUAGCUGGAUAGGGUACUUCGAAAAAUAAUGAUUAAUGCCGUUAUUGAACCCCAAAACGAAAGCAAGUACAAGGUCGAGACUCAUUCUCAUAGUGUUGAUUAAGAUGGGACGCAUUGCUCAAAGUACAAACAAAGAUUUUUAAUUUAAAUGGAAAUUCAGUAACAUCUACAACUCAUCUGAUGAUCUCACUAUUGUAAAGAUAAUGUAUUGAUCGAAAAAAGGUUUCCUGCGGCCCUUUUGGUGCAUUCAGGUACAUGAGAGGUAUUAAUUACAAAUAAAUACCAAAAAUACAUAAAAAAUACCUCCGGCUGUAUUUCCGGCUGGGUAACACCUUUAAAGUAUUGUUCCCAAGAUCUGAUCAAAGCAGGCACUAAUGAAGUAGCUGAAACGGAUUCCGAAGUCCUUACAAUCCAGAUAUCGAAGAAAAGAAAAAUAAGAACAAGAAAACAACACAAAAAAGAAAUACAACAAGAGUUUCUAAAGUGAAAUCAGAGAGAGGAGCCACAUUGAUUAAUCGAUCAAACUUCUUGUUGAACUCUAUCUUAAAGAGCACCGAAGAAAUAGUAAAGAUGGAUUUUGACUUAAUUAUCCUAACAUUUUUUGGAUACGGCACAAUAUUUCUGUUGUCGCUAGUCGGAAAUUCUCUCCUUAUACACAUUAUACGAACAGACACUUCCAUGAAGACUGCAAUUAAUUACUUGAUUUUAAACCAAGCUUGCGCUGAUCUUCUCAUUCCAUUCAUGCAGUUGAUGGAAAAUCUUCAUUACAGUUCUUAUCAUGGAUUAUGGUUUGGAGGAAAUAUGGGUCACAUUACUUGCAAGUUAUAUGUUGCAAGCUUUUUUGUCCUUCCAUCUUUUUCUAUUUUUCUACUUGUAGCAAUUGCUGUCGAUCGCUUCUACGCAGUAUUUCGACCUUUGGAUAAGACGCCGAUUUCUCGAAACAUAAAAAUAGUAAUUCUGAUAUUGUGGACAUGCUCACUCAUUAGUCCCACAGCCGUUUUUACUAACCAGCACCUAGAGACUAAGAAGAACUCUUACUUCUGCCUUCCGAGCAAGUUUAUACAAAUUUAUGAAGGGGAAAAAUUUCAUGUCAUAUCAUUAACCCUUACCGUCGUCAUCCCCCUGACGCUUUUGGCAAUUCUAUACAUUGGAAUAUGCAUCAAACUAUGGUCACGUCAGGCACCCGGAGAAGGAGCCAGUCAAAACCAACGCCAGCUCCAAAUUAUAGCGACAGCAAGAAAGGUUACCCUGAUGAUGAUCGCGAUCGUUGUUUUAUUCCUCAUUUGCUGGGUUCCCCUCUAUAUUUCGAUGGCACUGUUAUAUCUCGGCUUUGUGCAAAAGAAGGAAAUUUUAUUUUCAGUUUGGUUAUCGGUCUCCUACAGCGGCAUUAAUCCUUAUGUUUAUUUCGCCUUUAGUGCAAACUUUAGAAACGGAUUGAAACAUUUUUGGGGAAAUAUUCGUAUUUUUCCCUUAAGAUCCGAGAGUAUGGAACUUCAGCAAUUAUAG